GGACAGGAGGUCACCGUAGGAAAUCGGGCAGUGGGGAUGGGGAUUGCGUUGUCCAGUGCACCCCCGUUGAGGGGUUGUAGGGCAGCACGGAGCCCCUCUCCGCACCCCAGACCCCAACCGAGCUAUUUUCUCCCCAAAACCCCCCUCCAGAAGCCCCCCUUUGGCCAGCAGGGAGGACCCCACGGGGGGUGCCUGCAGCGGGGGGCCGUCGGCGCCGGGCUUGGCCCCGUGUCGUCAGCGGGAAGGCGUGCGCGGGGCGUGGGAUGAGUUCAGCCUCUUGGCUCUGCUCCCUGGAUCCCGUUCCUGGAAAUGUCACUGGAAACUCUGAAUGGGCCGGCCCCGCUCCAGAGCGGGGCGCACUGGGGGUGGGGGGGGACACAAACGUGCCCCAAAGGGGGGGGGAACCAGGGCACGUGGGCACCCGUCGGAGAGCUCGGGAUCAUCCACGGGGCUUGGGGCUGCUGCUGCAAGGGGGGGUUUGGGGAUGCUGCAGGGGGUCUGGGCUUGGGGGGCCUCUCCCCGCCACCCACCCGCUGCGUGCUGAGCUCGCGGAGAAACAUCUCGGGCUUGAGUUCCUCGCCCCUGCCUGCUGCUCCCCGCUCCCCCCGCCGCCCACCGCCUCCGUCCCGCGCCCCGCGGGGCUCCACGGGCCCCAUGCGCGGCCCCGCUGCCUGCGGGCCCCCAGCCCGGGAGCAGGUGCCCAUCAUCCGCCACCGCGGCUCCAACACGCUGAAUUUCGACUUCCACGACCCCUCCCCAGCUGAGCACGCCCGAGCCGCCCCCAGAACCCCAGCCACCGACUGGUACCAGACCUGGCCGGCCAAGGAGGCGAAGGCUCCCGGCACCCCAGCACCCACUCAGGACCCCAUGCAGGGCCCGGGGGCUGCCGCACCCCCACAUCCCACCCCCAGCUGCCCGCGCCCACCGGGCUGGUCGGCCACAUGGACCAAGGACAGCAAGCGGCGGGAGCGGCGCUGGGUGAAGUACGACGGCAUCGGGCCGGUGGAUGAGACGGGGAUGCCCAUCGCCUCGCGCUCGAGCGUUGACCGCCCCCGGGACUGGUACCGCAGCAUGUUCCAGCAGAUCCACCGCAAGCUGCCUGAGCCAGACUGGGACGCCCAGCACUGCCCCACAGAGCCGCGGAGGAAAGGGCAGCCAAAAUCCGAGCGUCCCAGUGUGCCCAACGGGACGGACUGCUCCCCCCGGCUCCCCGCAGGGCCCAGUGGGGUGACCCCGGUGCGGACGCAGAGCCCGGCAGCAUUUUUGACUACGAACCGGGGAAAUCCUCGGUGCUGGAGCAGCCCGGGCAGCCCUCAGCAGUGGUGCCCCAGCACGAGCUCAGCCCAUCGAGGUAAGCUGCUGAACCCAAAGCCCUGGUGGCUGGGGGGUGGCUGGGGGGGGCUGGGGGUGGCAACGGGGGUCCCGCUGGCACAGGGCGGUGCCCGGGUCGCCCCCCACAGCCCCGUCCUGCCCACGCAGGUGCUGCUGCAGCAGGAGCUGGAGCAGCUGAGCGAGGAGCUGGACAAGGACAUGAGGGCCAUGGAGACGCGCCAGCAGCCCCACAAGAGCUCGGCGGCUGCUCCCACCGCUCGCUCCCCUGCUCCGGCCUCUCCGGCGCCUCGGAGCCCGCUGUCCCCCCGCCGGCUGCAGAGCCCCCCCGGUGCCCCCCACCCGCCCGCCAGCCCCAGCAUGGAGAGGGGGGGGCUGGGGCUGGCCGGGGAGCGGAGCCGUGCGGCCCCCAGCAGAGACCUCAGGCCCGGCACCCUCCCCAGCCUGUCGGAUUUUGGGGACCCCGCAGAGGCUGUCAAGAGGGAGGAGAAGAAGAUGAAAGCUGCCCGCCUCAAAUUCGACUUCCGAGCCGAGUCCCCCAAGGAGCUGACGCUGCAGAAGGGGGACAUCGUCUACAUCCACAAGGAGGUGGACAGGAACUGGCUGGAGGGCGAGCACCACGGCCGCGUGGGCAUCUUCCCCUCCAACUACGUGGAGGUGCUGCCCCCCACCGAGGUGCCCAAGCCCAUCAAGGCGCCCAGCAUCCAGGUGCUGGAGUACGGCGAGGCCCUGGCGCUCUACAACUUCCGCGGGGAGCUGCCCGUCGAGCUCUCAUUUCGUAAGGGCGAGCGGGUCUGCCUGGUGCGCAGGGUGGACGAGCACUGGUACGAGGGGCGCAUCUCGGGCACCAGCCGCCAGGGCAUCUUCCCCGCCAGCUACGUGCAGGUGCUGAAGGAGCCGAGGGUCAAAGCCUCGGCCGACGACUUCCCACCCUCGCCCGCCUCUGCCAGCCCCCGGCUCCCCGCCGUGGCCCCCUCCCCGCAGCACUCCCCCGGCCCCCGAGCCCCCAGCUCCCCGCCGGCUCCCCCGGGACCCCUCGGCGGGUGCCGGAGAGGGGUCCCGGUGACCCCAGUGGGUGCCCGUCCUCCCCUCACCCCCUUGGAUUCGCCUUUCCCCCCUCCCCAAAGCUGCCCCGUGCUGGAGCCCCGGCCCCCAGCCCCUCACCAGCCCUCGCCUGGCCCCCUGAGCAGCGCCCAGCCGUGGGGGACACCCGCCAGCACCCCCCCUACCCCUGCCCCAUCCUACAACGGCUCCGAAAUCCAAUGGACCCCGUACCGGGCUCUCUACCAGUACCGACCCCAAAACGCCGACGAGCUGGAGCUGCAGGAAGGGGACCGCGUGGAUGUGAUGCAGCAGUGCGACGACGGCUGGUUCGUGGGGGUGUCCCGGAGGACGCAGAAAUUCGGCACUUUCCCCGGCAAUUACGUGGCGCCCGUGUGAGCGGAGGAGCCACGGCCCCACAACCCCCCCCCUGCGGCCACCUACGGGGGCACGAAGCCCCCCCAGCUCCUGCCGCCCCUAUGGGGUGCCUCUAACAGGGACCAAUCCUCCAGCCGGUGCCUUAACCCGACCCUUUUUUCGCUCUGCCCGGUGCCUUAUCGCCCACAACCCGGUGGCCGUGCCUCUCCUUCCCUCUCCGGGUGGUGCCGAGGGGGGGUCCCCGGUGGUUCCCCGGCCCGGCUGUGACGGCUGCGACCCGAAAUGCCGGCCCCGGGGCUGUGCCACGCGUGCCUUUGUUUUUGUCCAGCAUUAAAGCUCAGCUCAGCCCCA